AUGGCGCUCCUUCUCCGCCUCAUAACAACAAGACUCAAAACCCACACCCGCACUAACUCUCCUUCACUCCGCCACCUCUUCUCCACCUCGAAUGCCGGCGGCAACGGCGGCGACGAUGGAAACAAACCUCCUUCCGACUCUUUCGCGGAUGCUCUAAGAGAUCUGAGAAGCUCGCUCAAACGACCACUAACCUCGAACACACCUUCCCCUCUCCUUUCCCCCAAUUCGCAACAGAGUGAAUCCCCCAGCGAAAUCAUGAGCAAAUUCCAGAGUUUCCGAAGCCGGUCCUCCGCACCACUUCCCGACGAUCCAUCUUCGCAGUCGCAGAAGAAGCAAAUCUCGUUUAUGGAGAUUUACAGCAAUAGGAAUCGUUCCGGUGAUUCUGGAGAAAUUGCUGGUUCGGAAACUUCAAAACGCGCAACCGGCGGAGGAGGCGGCGCUAUGUCUCUCGAAGUUAUCCGCGGAAGCUUAAUGCAGCUCAAAGGUAAUCCAACUCCGUCACCGAGAUGGAGGGCUUCUCCAAGCUCCCCGUUGUUCAGUGGGACUAGUACUACGCCGGAUUCGAUUUUCGGAAAGGAGAUUAGGGAAAGAUUAGCUAAGCCUAAUGAUCCUUUGGUGAGUUUGAAGAAUUUGGGUUCAUUCUUGUAUGAAGAUUUGGGUGAUAAAUUGAAGAAAUUGAGACCUCCAGUGAAAGGAAAAGAAUGGUUCUCAAUUGCUGAAUUGAAUGAGAGGUUGAAGAAAGUGAUGGAGAUGGAUGAAAGUGAAGCUAAUACCAAUUCCAGUGAAAAAGGAAUGUAUAACAUUUUGAAAGACUCUGUUAACCAUAUUAGAGCUAAAGAAGUGGAGAAGCCAAAGACAGCUUCACUGCAGAGAAUUGAUUAUUUGUCCAUAAUGGGUGGGACUCCUUCCUACAUGACAAAGCCUCCUAAAGAGCAUCUUGUUGAAAAGUAUUUUCAUCCAGAUAACAUGUCCUCAGCCGAAAAGUUGAAAAUUGAACUCACGAAGGUUAGAGAUGAAUUUAAGAUGUCCGAGUCAGAUUGUGGCUCUGCUCGUGUUCAAGUUGCCACUCUCACAACCAAGAUUAAGCAUCUAUCAUCAGUUCUACACAAAAAGGAUGUGCAUUCUCGGAAAGGUCUGAUAGCAAUGGUUCAAAAGAGGAAAAAGUUGCUGAAAUACCUCAGAAGAACCGACUGGGAUUCCUAUUGUUUCGUUAUCUCUAAGCUAGGUCUACGUGAUAAUCCAGAACAUACUUAUAAAGCUCGGACUGGUAAAUCGGGUGAUGUAGCCAAUUAA